CGAAUCGCGUUUGGAUAAGAUGUAUACGUUUCGCUGGCGAUGCAACAAAAACAUGGCAUUGGCCAAAAAGCUAAACACAGCGAAGAACGAGGCAGACAGCAGUAAAGACCAUCUUGGCCACUCUGCUGAACAAACGGUUGGCACAAAUUUGUUAAUCAAAACUGAAGUCACCACACCGGAUUCAGCGAACGAUUUGCACUUGAGCUGUGCAGCUCAUCAAGUAAGUGGUACAUAUGAAUGUUGUGGCAACCAGGCUGAUGACUUAUUCGAGGCAGAGGAAAAUCCAAUCGCGUUCAAAUUAGAGAAUGAAGAUGUGGAUGAACAGCAGAACAACCAUACAAAUCCUUUAGAAUUGAUCUGUCAGGCUCGAGAAGAUCCCUCUGCAACAACCAACUCCGAUGCCGGAAAAAACGUCAAAGUUGGUCAAAAACGUAAAAACGAUCAAGAAAAAACGCAACAGCGGUUGCGCUCGUAUAAACUUCGGAGUCAUCAACGAGUUAACAACGACAUAAAAAAGAACGCUCACAAAAAAGGCCAGUGCAAUAACGAAAAGUACCACUGCCCUCAUUGUUCCGCAACUUAUAUUCGCCCAAGCCAGCUGAAGAUUCACAUUCGCGUUCAUACCGAUGAAAAGCCGUUUGUGUGUAACAUCUGUUCCAAAACGUUCAAAUCACGAAGCAAUCUGCUACAACAUUCGAAAAUUCACAAGAAGGAAGAAUACCAACAGUGCCCACAUUGUCAUUUAAAAUUUACACGGCUAUUCACAUUAAAAAAUCACAUCCGCAUUCAUACCGGUGAAAAACCGUUUGUGUGUAACAUCUGUAAGAAAGCGUACUGUUCAUUAAAUGCACUAUCACUUCAUUCGAAAAUUCACAAGAAGGACGAAUACAAACAGUGUCCGCAUUGCAGUUCAAAGUUUGCGGUUUCAUCAGCGUUGAAGGAUCACAUCCGCAUUCAUACCGGUGAAAAGCCGUUUGUGUGUAAAAUAUGUGACAAAACGUUCAGAUCACCAAGCAAUCUGGCGCAACAUGAGAAAAUCCACAACAAGGACCAAUAUCUUCUUUGUCCGCAUUGCCCGUCUAAGUUUACGCAUUCGUCAGCGUUGAUGAUUCACAUUCGCAUUCAUACCGGUGAAAAGCCGUUUGUGUGUGAAAUAUGUAACAAAGCGUUCCAUUCAUCAGCCGCACUAUCAAAUCAUUCGAAAAUUCACAAAAAGAACUAA